AAUUUUAAAAGCUAUAUAACUACAGAGCCCCGCAUACAGAGAUACACCUGCCGAGUUUCCCACUCUCGACUCACACGCCGACAAUGACCAUGAAGUUUGGUAUCCUGAUCUGCGUUUCUGUUCUCUUUUACCUCUCUGUGGCAGAAAAACAAGAGAGUGAGGACAAUGUUUCUGGUUUGGGAUGUACUCGUGAGUACGAUCCGGUGUGUGGAGACGAUGGAGUCACGUACUCCAACGAGUGCAUGAUGAACUGGCAGAACAAGAACAAAGACAAUAAGGUCAACCUAAAGCACAAAGGAGAGUGCGAGACUUCCUAAACACGCUGCUGUUACAUCUGUGACAUCCAAAAUGGCUUUCCAUUUAGAUAUAUAGCAACUACAGGAAUGAUAUUCUGUCAUACGUUCCUAAGUAUCAUAAUGACAUUUGCUAUUGGAUCUUUGCAGACAUCGCUUUGUCAACAUGUAAUCUUAUGCAAUAAAGCAGUGAAGCAUUUAAGAGGUCAAUUUUAUUAAUAAAUCUGUAAAUUUAAAUAAAGCAUAUUUAUAAACUUC